CCAGCGCUCGCAUCACAGUUGGUCCCCUCUGUCCCCUGGUGCCCUUGGACACCCCGGCAGCAGCAGGACCUCAGACUGGGCUGCUUGACAGGGGUGCAGGGAGAGGCAAGACCACCAUCCCCAGCAAGCAGUCCUUACCAAGCUUCCCCAGUCCCGCUGUGUCACCUACCUCUUGCAAGCAGACAGUGGCUCUUGCAGAAGUCUUGGAAGACUUUCACACAGUCCUCCUCAAUUUACUAAAGAAAGGCCAUGUCUGCUUUUGAUCUGACGAACCAGAGCAUGCAGCGUACAGAGCCUGAGAUAGAAUGUAUCGUCCCGCGGAUGAAACUGAGGGAUGAGAUGUUUGUCUAUAUUGAUGGUAAAUGGGUGAAUGAGAUCUACUGCCAGCCACCCUUUGCUUCCCACCAUAUAUUCUUUGGCAAGAAAGCACAGAAUAAGUGGAGCAUCUGGGAGGAGAACAGAGCACUCUGGGAGGAAAUCCAAGUCCUCCGGAUGGAAAACAGGAUGCUCUGGGAAGAAAACAAGGCUCUACAAUCUCUCCAGUCACAGAGUAAAGCUGUCCAGAUUAUUUACACUGAUGUCAUUCAGCAAAGACUCCAGAAGGAAAAUAAGCCAUUACCAUUCUUCCAAGAGAGGAAGAUAGGCUUUCAGGUCAGCCCAGGCAACAAGGGUCUCCAGGCAGUCCAGGAAGAUAAUACAGUCUUAGAGGAUUUCCAGCAGGAAAAUAAAACAAUCCCCAUCACCUGGAAAGGCCAAAAAGCCAUCACAGUCCAUGAAGAGAGCAAAGAUACUAGCUCAGAUCAGAAGGACAUCACAGAAGAUCAGACAGACAUCAGAUCAGAAGAUGUCAUCACAGCUGUGGAAGAAGGAAACCCUGGCCCAGCUCCCCAGCAAGAACGUGGAGCUAAAAAGAAGACUACUACUCCAACCCAGAAUGAGGCUGAGUCUGCCCCAAGCACACAUGGUGAGUAUGAAAUCCUCCGGGCUCUCCAGAACUUAUACGAACUGCUCCAUGUCUUCCUGAAAGUGAAUCAUCUACUUGGGGAGAAACAGGGCUGUCACAUUCUCUAUGAUGUGAACAGAACCUUCCAAGAAGAUUACAAUAAACUGAAGCUGCAGCUGAAUGCUGUGAAAAAUACUGUGUCAGACAUUACAGCUCAAAUGCAAAUGCUGGAGAAGGAGCUCAUUGCCAUCACUUCCCCAGUGUAUGAAGAAGCAGGACAGAAGCUGGCAACUGAGUAUCAGCUUGGAGAGAUGUGAAGCUUGGUGCUAAGACCUGCUAGUUCAAUUUCCUGGAAAGCUUCUCUCUUUGUUUCAGGGAACCUAAUAAAAUCCCAGUAGAGCCUGAAGACAUCUGGCAGACAUUGUGUUAUUCUGAAACUUUCUUUCAUUACUUAGCUGUAUUUCACACUCUGAUUACACAGUGUGGGUGACUGUCAUGAAAUUGCUUAUUGUCAAGAAAACAUGUUUUUCCAAAGUUUCUGAUAAUAAGACCUAGAUUUUCAAGAGACAAUUCAUGCUCUUCACACUUAAUUUGACCCUUAUGUUGGCCAUACUUUUCAGAGGGAUGGGCACUUCCUGAAAAUGAGAAUCCCAACCAUGACCUGAAUUUGGAUCCCCAGUGGCCUCUUUUUUCUCAUGGCUGGCCAAGCUCAAUGGCUGAACUGUGUCUUCUGCCACGUACCAGCCUUCCCUCUUUCAUCUAGGAUAAGCAGCGGAUCAUGGAAAAUGUAGCCUCACAGAGGAGAGAGGCCCAUGAAAGAAAAUGGGGCAUAGAAAAACACACUAUAUGUGCCAUAUAUAUAUAUUCUUGCUCUUUCCUUUUCCCAGUCCCACAUUCCCACUUAAAUUGUUGUCUCUUUCCCUUGUUUAAAGCUCUUCCUCAGAAGAGAAUCCGUCUCCUGCCUCAGAGUAACAGGACCAUAAAGCAAACGUCACCCACCAGAACAGCACGUCCCCUUCCGCCUUGGUUAUUUGUAAAUUACCUUCAUCAUUUUGUAUCUUAAUUAAGCUUAAUUCUUCUCAA